AUGGUGUUGGAGACUCUUCCAACACACCCAUCCUCAAUGGAGGCAGGGUCAGUGAUAAAAGCCUUAAAUGUGCAACUUAAACGUGGUCUCUCCUCUACUGAAGUGGAAGAACGUCGUCAGAAGUUUGGUAAGAAUGAACUACCUGCAGAGGCACCAACACCUUUUUGGAAAUUGGUACUAGCACAAUUUGAAGACACCCUUGUUCGUAUUCUUCUUUUGGCUGCUAUGAUAAGUUUUAUUAUGGCUCUAUUUGAAAAGAAUGCUGCAGACUUUGUUGAACCUUUUAUUAUUCUUUUAAUUCUUGUACUUAACGCCACAGUUGGAGUCUGGCAAGAAAAUCGUGCAGAAAGUGCUAUUGAAGCUCUUAAAUCUUUUGUACCUGAAACUGCAGUGGUUUUACGUGAUGGCAAAAGUUUUACUGUACCAGCGGAGGAUUUGGUUCCAGGUGAUUUGGUUGAAGUGGCUGUAGGAAACCGUGUGGCUGCAGAUAUGCGAGUUCUGGAGUUACACAGUACUACACUACGGGCUGAUCAAUCUAUCCUUAAUGGUGAAUCCGUAGAGGCUAUUAAACAAGUGGAAGCUGUAAAAAGUCAUCAAGAUCGUUUCCCUGCCAGUAUGGUAUAUAGUGGAACCGCUAUUGUAUAUGGUAAAGCCCUUUGCGUUGUUGUACGUACAGGAGCUUCUACUGAAAUUGGCACGAUUGAACGUGAUGUGAGAGAGCAAGAGGAAGUUAAAACACCAUUACAAAUAAAAUUGGAUGAAUUUGGUGUAUUACUAUCAAAGGUUAUUGGUUAUAUUUGUCUUUCCGUCUUUGUAAUUAAUAUGUUACGUUGGUAUACGGCUCAUAAACCUUCACCAAAUGAAAUGUGGUAUGAACGCUAUGUAGAACCUGCAGUUCAUUGUUUAAAAGUUGCUGUAGCUCUCGCAGUUGCAGCCAUUCCAGAAGGACUUCCUGCUGUGGUGACGACUUGUCUGGCACUUGGAACUCGACGUAUGGCACAACAUAACGCUUUAGUGCGUGAUUUACCAAGCGUUGAAACUCUUGGUCGAUGCACAGUUAUUUGCUCUGAUAAAACUGGUACUCUUACAACCAAUAUGAUGUCUGUUUUGGAAGUCUUUACAUUACAACAAGAUGGAGAAUUAAAAGAGUAUGAACUUAAAGACUCUAAAUAUAAUUUAAUUCCAAAUGCUGUAACCUCUGGAGGUAAACCAGUUUCAUCUGCAUUAGAAUCAGAUGCUGCACUCGGUAUGAUUGCCAAUAUUGCUGUUUUAUGUAAUGAUGCAUCCUUACAAUAUAAUACGAGUUCAGGUCAAGUGGAAAAGGUUGGUGAAUCCACAGAGGCGGCACUUUUGGUAAUGGGUGAAAAACUUGCUAACCCAACAGACUGCCAAAAUGUAAAUCAAUUCCGCAAACUUGCAGAAGGUAAAUGGACUAAAAAUGCCACUCUUGAAUUUACCCGAGAACGUAAAUCAAUGAGUGUACAUGCCACUUCCACUUCUGUAUCUGGUCUUCACAGUCUCUUUGUAAAGGGUGCACCAGAGGAACUCCUCCGCCGCUCACAGAAUAUUAUGCAAGAAGAUGGUGUUGUCGUUCCCCUCACCGCCGCCCUUCGCGCCCGGCUUACUACACAACUUAACAACAUGGCAGGUGGCCAACGUGCCCUCCGUUGUAUUGCCUUUGCAUUUAAACCAACAAAGCCAGUAAAGGAAUUACGCCUCGGCGACCCCGCAGAGUUUGAGAAGAUGGAAUCUGAACUCACAUUUGUUGGUGCCUGUGGAAUGUUAGACCCACCACGUGAGGAGGCAGCCGUGGCUAUUGCCAAGUGUCGAACUGCAGGUAUUCGCGUUGUGGUGAUCACCGGCGACCGCAAAGAAACAGCAGAAGCCAUUUGUAAAAAACUUGGUUUAAUGCCAACAAACACAGAAGGUUGGAGUUAUACAGGACGUGAGUUUGAUGCUAUGACUCUUGCUGAGAAGCGACGGGCCGUCAUGACAGCUGUGCUCUUUAGCCGCACAGAUCCAUCUCACAAGAUGCAAUUGGUAAAGUUACUGCAGGAGCAAAAACUUAUUUGUGCUAUGACUGGUGAUGGUGUGAAUGAUGCCCCUGCGUUAAAGAAGGCGGAUAUUGGUAUUGCUAUGGGAAGUGGAACAGAGGUGGCAAAGGCAGCAAGUAAAAUGGUAUUGGCAGAUGAUAAUUUUGCAACUGUUGUAAAAGCUGUUCGUGAAGGUCGUUCUAUUUUUAAUAACACCAAACAAUUUAUUCGAUACCUUAUUAGUAGUAAUAUUGGUGAGGUGGCGUGUAUUCUUGUCACUGGUCUCUUUGGAUUACCAGAAGCCUUAUCACCUGUACAACUCUUAUGGGUAAAUCUCGUAACAGAUGGUCUUCCAGCAACGGCACUCGGCUUUAAUGCCCCAGAUGUGAAUAUCAUGGAACAGGAACCACGUCGUAUUGAUGAACCGAUUGUAAAUGGUUGGCUCUUUCUUCGUUACAUGAUUAUUGGAACUUAUGUGGGUCUCGCUACAGUUGGAGGAUUUUUAUGGUGGUUCUUAAGUCAUGGUUUUACUUGGACACAGUUGACAACAUAUGUGAUGUGUACAGAUAUGGAAAAUACAACAUGUGCUAUCCUUGCUAAUCCGGAAACUGCUCGGGCUAUUGCGUUAUCUAUUCUGGUGGUGGUGGAGAUGCUGAAUGCUUUGAAUGCAUUAAGUGAAAAUGCUUCACUGGUCACAACACGACCAUCUACUAAUAUUUGGCUUUUACUUGCCAUUUUCUCUUCACUGGCUUUACAUGUGACCAUCAUGUAUGUUCCCUUCCUUGCCUCACUUUUUAAUAUUGCUCCAUUGGGUGUUGAUCCGCAAGUGGUACAGAAUGCACAACCAUGGAGUAUUCUUAUUCCAUCAAAUUUUGAUGAUUGGAAGGCAGUGAUGGUAUUCAGCAUUCCUGUGAUAUUCGUUGAUGAGUUGCUCAAGUUUAUCGCACGGAAGAUGGAGGCACGCCGUAAUAAGAAGAACGACUAG